CUUAAGGUUAUAGUUUUGUGUUUGAGACUGGGAACUGACGAAAAACUUGUAGUUAAAACACUGUGAUUAUGGGCGACUCGCCGGAGGAGCGACGAAGCAAGGAAGUGGCGCCCGAGGCGCCUGCCAAGGAGGCGGAAACUGGAAAGGGCAAAAAGGAGAAGAAGGAAAAGUCGGCCGAGGGCAGUCAAAAGCCGAGGCCAGCGGGCAGCCAGCGCGGAUCGCUGACCAAGUCACAUUUGAGCGUUCCCCUGGGCAUGGGUGCUCCGGCAGCCAAGCCCACCAUGCGGUUCAUGCCCACCUAUCGUCUGGAGUCAAAGAAUCCCCUGAACAAGGAGCGCGUGGAGAACAUCAUCAAGGCGGUGAUGAAUCGGCACUAUAACGAUGAGUACAUGUUCCAUCCCAAGCAUUCGCUGCACAUGGCUGCCCAGGUCAGCGAGGAGAUCAAGAAUAGGAUCAAACUGGACAACUACGACAGAUAUCGCUACAUUGUGCUGGUCACGGUGGGUGAGUUCCUGAUGCAGGGUCUCUACUCGAUGGUGAACUUCCUGUGGGAUGCUGAAAAAGACGGAUUCGUGACCUACAGCGUGGAGAGACCCUCGUACUUUGCGGUCUGCACCACCUUUUACCUGUACUACGAUUGAAGCCCAGUAUUCGUGGCACUACUGGGCUCUCCCUCGAGUUGUUAUUAAAAUUAAAGUUAUUGUUGCAUAA